GUUUAAAGGAGAGCCUCUGCUACGUUUUAGGCUUUGAAGUGAUACAGAAGGCAUAGUUUAUUUUCACCAUCACCGUCACUAACACCAUAUAGCCCACCACCACUCUCUUCUCUCUCUCUGUAGAAACAAAGUUGAUUCUGUGUUUUCUUUUAUCAAUCUGUUUGCUUUUGGAGAUUCUGUUCCACUGCUGCAUUUUGGAAUUUACCGUGGUUGAUUUGUGUAGAUGGAUCGUAAGAGUUGGCCAUGGAAGAAGAAAUCAUCAGAGAAAGCUACUCUAGUCACUGACCAGGACCAUGAAAAUGGUAAGAAGACUAGCUACAUACAGAUCUCCUUUGAUCAAUACUCUCAUUUCAAUACUUUGAAAGACGAUGUUCACAAGUACGAGGAACAAGUUUCAAAGCUACAAGAUCAGAUCAAGGAGUUAGAUUCCAAACUAUCUACAGCAAAUGCAGAUAUUACUGACAAGGAGGCUUUGGUCAAACAACACUCCAAAGUAGCUGAAGAAGCUGUUUCAGGAUGGGAAAAAGCUGAAGCAGAAGCUUCAGCUUUGAAAACGAAUCUCGAAACUGUUACACUCGCUAAGCUCACCGUUGAAGACAGGGCUGCACAUCUAGAUGGAGCUUUAAAGGAGUGUAUGAAACAGAUAAGGAGUCUCAAGGAAGAAAACGAACAGAAGCUGCAUGAUGUUAUUGUAACUAACACCAACCAAAUGGACAAGAUUAGAGAUGAGUUUGAGUCCAAGAUUGGUGAAUUCGAGCAAGAACUGCUUCGGUCUGGAGCUGAGAACGACGCUCUCUCCAGAUCAUUGCAAGAGCGUUCCAACAUGCUUAUAAGGAUAACCGAAGAGAAGUCCCAAGCAGAAGCCGAGAUUGAGAAACUUAAGAACAACAUAGAGUCUUGUGAAAGAGAGAUCAACACUCUCAAGUAUGAAACCCAUGUGAUCACCAAAGAGCUUGAGAUACGCAACGAGGAGAAGAACAUGAGCAUGAGAUCAGCAGAAGCAGCAAACAAGCAGUGUUUGGAAGGUGUCAAGAAGAUUACAAAGCUGGAAGCUGAGUGUCAGAGGCUACGCACUCUUGUGAGAAAGAAACUUCCAGGUCCUGGAGCACUUGCACAGAUGAAAAUGGAGGUUGAGAGUUUAGGGAGAGGAGACUAUGGAGACAACCAUAGACAAAGGAGGUCACCUGCUAGACCUUCUAGUCCUCUCAUGUCUCCAGUGUCACAGAACUCUGACUUCUCCUUUGACAAUAUACAAAAGUUUCACAGAGAGAAUGAGUUGUUGACAGAGCGGUUACUUGCUAUGGAAGAAGAUACCAAGAUGCUUAAAGAAGCUUUGUCAAAGCGUAACAGCGAGCUUCAAGUUUCUAGGAACCUCUGUGCUAAGACAGCAAAUAGGCUUCAAACAUUGGAAGCUCAAAUGCAUGCUAGUAAUCCUUCUAGUAUGGCUUCAAUGUCUGAGGAAGGAAACGAAGAUGGUAGAAGCAUUGCAGGGUCUUUGAUGUCUGAACUCUCUCAAACCAACAAGGAUAAAAACAGUGAGAAGAUUAAGAAGAAUGAGAGUGCUAACAAGUUGGAGCUUAUGGAUGAUUUUCUAGAGAUGGAAAAGCUAGCUUGUCUACCAAGUGUUGAUUCUGAUGCUGAGAUUCCACCACUGAAGAAAAGAAUCUCUACUUUGCUUCAGUCUCUUCCCAAAGAUGUUGCAUAUGAGAAGAUUUUGGAAGAAGUACAGUGUGCCAUUGUAGAUGCAGGUGAAAAGGAGAUAGCUAUGUCAAAUGAGACCACAGAGGAUAAAGUUAGUCAAGAAUUGGCUCAUGCUCUUUCGCAGAUUUACCACUUUGUUACCUACCUUGCGAAAGAAGCAACGUUGUGUAAGGACACAUUUUCCCAAAAAGUUCAAGAGUUGUCUGUCACUUUGGACAGAGUGUUGAGUAAGGAGAAGACUUUGGUGGACUUUGUGUAUGAUCUCUCACGUGUUUUGGUAGAAUCUAGUGACCUGAAAAUCAACGUGGUUGGAUUUAAUGUAUCUGAAGUGGAGAUUCAUAGUCCAGAUUGUAUUGAUAAAGUCGCUCUACCGGAAAACAAAGCACUAAAAGAUUCAUCAGGUGAGCAUUACCAGAAUGGUUGUUCUCAGAGCUCUGAUUCCGAGAUUCCUGAUGAUUACGAACCCAAGCUCUCACCAGUUGCUUGUAAGUUUACAUCAGAAGAGUUUGAAGGACUGAAACUCGAGAAAGAAAAAGCAGAGACCAACCUUGCAAGCUGUGAAGCAGAUCUUGAAGCAACCAAGUCGAAACUACAAGAAACAGAACAGCUUCUUGCUCAAAUAAAGUCAGAUUUGGAAUCUGCUCAAAAGUCUAAUGGCAUGGCCGAGACACAGCUCAAAUGCAUGGUGGAAUCAUACAGAUCUCUUGAAACUAGAUCAUCAGAGAUGGAAAUAGAGUUGAGUUCUCUUAAAGGCAAAAUCGAAGAGUUAGAAGAUGAGCUUCAUGACGAAAAGGAAAAUCACCAAGAGGCUUUAACAAAAUGCCAAGAACUCGAGGAGAAAUUACAAAGGAACAACCAAAACUGCCAGACUUGUUCAGUAACUGAAGCUGAUCCCAAAAGCAAACAGGACAAUGAAUUAGCAGCUGCUGCAGAGAAGCUACAAGAGUGUCAAGAGACUAUAUUACUUCUCGGGAAGCAACUCAAAUCCAUGUGUCCUCAAACAGAACAGGUUGCUUCUUCUCCAAGCCAAGAACAAGCCCUAAACACACAAGAAGAAAACGAAUACACAACAACUUCCACAAAUAAUCAAGACAACAAAUCAAGCUCAUCUUCACCAUCAGUGACUCCAAUGAAAUCUCCGGUAGGAUCGAAACAUAGACACACCAAGUCAAACUCAUCAUCAUCAUCCUCGUCGGGACUUACCCCUGAGAAACACUCUAAAGGAUUCAGCAGGUUCUUCUCUAAAGCAAAGUAA